AUGAUGCAGCGUAUGAGUGCCAUGGGGAGGAUGGGACUUCACGUACUCCAACGACGAGCAUUUAACCAUGAGAAGCACUUUGUCCAUAGCAAGUACUGGAAGUACAUCAACUUUGUGGGAAAUGUUGAUACAGGUUACCAGGAUGCCAAGGCUAUGCUAGAACACUUAGGCGAGGGAUUGUGGCAACAGUUUGGGGUGUCUGGAUGGGCUGACACUCCCGAGGAGGCCAAGACAUUUCUUGACUCCGUUUUGAAAACAUCUGGCUUCAUCAAGGAUGAGCUCAACACCAAAAUGAAAGUCUCAAAAGUCAUCACCAAUCCUGACAUGGAAGUUUUAUACAACAGACUACAACAGUCCAUGGUUCAACCUGACAAAGAAGGUGCUUUUCUCCUCCAGUGGCAGUACUUUUUUCCAGGAGGCACAAACGCUGAGAGAGAAAAUGGACGUGAUACGGCAGGAAACGAGCAAGAAGGCCAAUGCUCGGGAGUGGUAGCUUUCCCAAUCCUCCGUGAGUGAUGGUAAGACAGUUUGUAAUGCUCAGAGGGUUACGGAGACGAAAAUACCGACAUAUCCCACAUGUCACUAGCUAGAUAGGAUGUAGCAUCUAGCAUCUACAUAAAAUAGCUCAUAAUACUGC